AAGUCAUUUACGUUGGCUGUGCAAGACGCAUGCGUGAGCUGCCCGUUUUGUAACAGUAUACGUGGUGCCCGCCGCGCAGUUAACGUUGCGUUGACACGCUGCGCGAGAUCAUUCGUUCUGAUAUUUUAAAUUUAUCAUGACAGAAUCGCAAAAUUCGACGGUACUUGACGAGUGACAGCGCGUGGCGUGAACGCAGUCCGCGAUCAUGGACCAGCUGAUUAUCCUAGUGUCGGCGGUGCAUCUGCUUUACUGUCCGUUCACGAAAGUCGAGGAGAGCUUCAAUCUGCAGGCAGUACACGAUGUUCUCUACCACGGCUUCAAUCUUACACAGUAUGAUCAUCAUGAAUUUCCUGGAGUUGUACCACGCUCUUUUCUGGGACCUAUCAUAAUAUCUGGUAUUGCCUCGCCACUUGUGGCAGGCAUUAAUUACUUAAAGCUCAAUAAAUUUUUUGCUCAGUAUGUGGUAAGAGCAACGUUGGGUUUAUUGGUAAUAGCUACACUUAAGCUGUACAGACACGCUUUACAAAGUAUCUUCGGACUGCAGUUUACAAAAUGGUUUGUCGCCAUAACAGUGACGCAGUAUCAUUUUAUGUACUAUCUCAGUCGUCCGCUACCAAAUAUAAUGGUUAUGCCACUAGUGUUACUAGCCUUAUUUGGAUGGCUGAGACAAAACCAUGUGAUAUUUAUCUGGUCAUCAGCUGCGGCAAUAAUAAUCUUCAGAGCGGAACUCGCUAUACUCUUGGGAUUAUUUCUUUUAUACGAUAUAGCCUACCAGAAACUUUCUAUACCAAGACUACUUAAAAUUGCGGUUCCAGCCGGUAUAUUGUUCUUAGCACUUACUGUUGCUACAGAUUCAAUAUUUUGGAGACACAUAGUAUGGCCGGAAGGCGAAGUGUUUUAUUUCAACACUAUUCUUAAUAAGAGCGGCGAAUGGGGCACAUCACCAUUUUUAUGGUAUUUUUAUUCAGCGCUGCCGAGAGGUCUGGCACUUUCGUAUUUUCUAAUUCCUUUGGGGAUGUUCUGGGACGCUAGAGUACGCGUGCUCACUGUCCCAGCUAUCGUAUUCGUUAUAUUAUUUUCAUUUCUACCACACAAGGAAUUGAGAUUUAUCGUAUACGUAUUUCCACUGCUGAAUGUUGGCGCAGCUGCCGCUUGCCACAGAAUAUGGGAAAACAGAGCAAAAACAACGUGGAAUGGUUUUUUAGCACUGGUAGUCUUGGGACACCUCGCAUUAAAUACUGUAUUCUCCAUGUUUCUGCUAUGCGUGGCUGGCUCUAAUUAUCCUGGAGGUCUGGCAAUUGCCAGAUUACACAGACUUGAGAGAGAUUCGGUCGAGCCGGUGCACGUGCACAUUGACGUGUUAACUGCCCAAACCGGAGUGUCAAGAUUCACGCAGACCAAUGCUUCUUGGAUUUAUUCGAAGCAAGAGAACUUGACCAUUGAUGAUCCUGAAAUGCUACAAUUCACUCAUCUUUUGAUGGAAGCAAGGAGCAAGUAUUCCCCAAAUAUAAAGCCCUAUUUGAAGACUCACGAUAUCAUCGAUUCCGUCGAUGGUUUCUCGCAUAUAGCAUUAAAUUACAACAUGCUGCCUCCUAUUAAAAUUAAAACAAAGCCUAUUAUAUUUAUUAUGAAAAGAAAACCGAAUGUCAAAUAUGAUCCUAGUAAAAAAACGAUUUCUACGAUGGAUUUUGCAAAAGAUAACAUCGAAGAUAUGGAACUAAACAUGGUAUAUGAAAAGGCGAAGACAAUGGAACCAAUAUUUGAUGACAUUAUGGAGUCCUUAGAAGAAUUUGGAAAACCGGAAGAAAAUGAACAGAAUUAUGCAGCAGAUAUUGAAGAGAUCAAGAAAACCAAUUAUAACACUGUAGAAGAGAUAGAAAAACUUAAUGAUUUAAUAGACGAUAAUAUGACAUCUAUGGAAAAUAUUACUCAAAUUGAAGAUACAAAUAAAUUGUUGCCAAAUAUAGAAGAAGAUUUUGAUUCUCAAGAAAAUAUCGAUAUUUCUAAUGUUGAUGCCAAUUCUGAUAAAAAAGUAGAAAUAAAGAUUCGAGAAGAAAAGAUUACGAAGGAAAGACUGAAGAACGAUUUGAAUGCACGUCAAGAAAAUUAUGGCGUUAAAGAGACGGUUAAAAAAAUGAUUCAAGAAAAAAUGCUAGUCAAACAAAGGAAAGAAGCCAAUGGUGAACGCAAAAAUGGUGAACUUCCGAUAAAACCAAUGAAGAAAAGAGGAAUCGUAACGGCAGAAUUGCCAAAAUCAAGAAUAUUGAAACAAGAGUCAAAGGAACCGCCAGUUUCUACAGAUAAACCAGUAAAACAAGAAUCUGAGACUGUGAAAGAAGACACGAAAGAUGAAAAUAAACCUAGCAAGCAGAAACCUGUUAAAACAAAAAAUGUCACGCGGAAGACAGACAGAGUCAAUGUAAUGAAGCCUGUUAACUUGAGGCAAACUGCGGAGAAUGAAGUUAUAACUACGGAAGAAGAGAAUGAAACUAUAAAUGUGACGACUGACAGAAAAAUUGUAGAAAAAGAAGAUAUUAAAGUGUCCAAAUCGCUAAAUGUAAGAGAAAGUAUAAGAAACAUAAUAAAUCAGUUCAAGGAAUUCGAACAAGAUUUUAUAUACGAUGAUACUAAUUCAAAGGCAUCAAUAAAUGACGUAAGUACUGCAGAUGUCAAGAGCGAUUUGCACUUACCGCAAAAGGAGAACAGUAUCACUGCAGGAAGCGAGAAUCAACAAGUGGUAAAAGAUGCUCGAGAGAGCCUCAAAGAAAUAAUAGAUCAAUUUAAGCACAUCAAGCAUGAACUAACCUCGGAGGAGGACGACCAGUUUGAUGAGAUCGCAGCCAAAUACAUGGAACGACCAAUCGCUGAAACGUUGCUGCAGUUCAGUGAAGCUCUGAGAGCUUUAAUGCAGCGAAGAAAGAAGACUUCCUUACAUGAAAAUGAUCGCACGUCAGAAGAUCAAAGAAAACUGACGGAAGAAUCCGUACAAACAACGAGAACUGCUGAAAAUGAUGACAGAAGUGGGAACGCAAAAGUUAUAAAAAUAAAGGAUGAACAAGACAUUGUAAAUAAGCCAAAACAGGAUUCUGAUGUACUCUCUAAUACAGACGCACACGUUGAUACGUUAAGUACUGGAGAUGGUCCAUUAAAUGCUCAAAGGUACGGCGAUAUUUUAGAUACUGUAAAUAAGAUGAACACCGCAACAGGGAAAAACGGUUCACAGAGAAGUACUGAAAGCAACCAGAGCGACUAAAUGUUUCGUAAGUAGUUCCGUUAAAUGUUACCAGCAAGACAACUAUGUAAUUACAUCGUGUAAAUAUGUUUUCCUGUGAUAUCCAAAAUGUAUUUUUUAAUACGUGCUCAUCAACGUGAAAAAAAGAUUUAUGCCUAUGCAAAGUGUUUUAUCAGUGCGAAAAGGUUUAAAGAAAGCACUGUAAUUUUUGGUAAAUUGCAUUCAUAAUACAAUCUAAAUUUUUAUUCUGCACGAAAGUGAAGUACAUAAUCUGUGUGUAUAGCAAACAGAGAUAUAUGGUCACUAUAUCCGUUAGCAUUUUCAUUUACUACAUUUUUACAUAUAAUUGUAGUUAUACACGUCCAUAAGUUGUGAGCAUUAAACUAGUACGAGUGAUACUGCUAUCUUCCCACAUCGAUUUCUGCAUUUAGAUAUUGCUUAAAUAUAAACAUUUUGGAUUUUUGACUACUCGAUUACAAUAUAUCGCAUCGUGCUUAUAGCGGUGUAACAUAAAAAAAAAUUUAGGGCAAAUUGAAUUAUAACUUUUCACAAUUUAUUAAUGUAAUGACAGACUGAUUGAUUUUAACACUAAUAUCUACGGAAGAAUCAAGUGCCUUAUCAAAUCUCUUCCAAAAUUCAGAUUGAUGUAAAUAUACGCAUAUGCAUGAGCAUACGUAGCUGUGUGUGUGUGUGUGCGUAAUAUACCAUGUAUUGAUGUUUUACAUAAAAUGAAAUUGUUUAAUAUUA